CCCAUCAUAAUAUCACUCCUGCUUUCUGGGUUUUAUCUAGUUUGUUUUUCAAGCUACAAUAAUUUCUUCUCUCAUCACUUCACUGUCAGUUUCUUUACUAAUUUUUCUCUGCCAAUGUUUCAUUUACCAUGGAUGGUGGUUUCAGUAUAUUUCACUUUUAAGCCAUAGCUGUUGUUAAACAACUUGAUUCACUGCAUAAACAUAGAAACUAAAAUCAUGGACCACAAAACAUGGCUCUGGAGGAAAAAAACUUCCGAGAAGACCAUUGUCGCUACCGACAAGGUCGACAUUUCCUUGAAACGAAUCAACGAAGAGGAACAAAUGCCUACGAUGGAGAGGGGACGAGACAGAGUAGUGAAAAAUCUAAAUGAGAAGCUUGCUUCGGUCCUCCUUGAUAAUCAUGCUAAGGAUGAUUUGGCAACCAAAAAUGUGAAAACGGCACCAGUAGCCAAUGCAGGUCGGGAAAUGGCUGAAGCAGAUCAUGCAAUCACUCUGAAGAAAGAGCUUGAUGAAGCUUUGAGGCAGGGAAAAUUGGCGAAUGAAAAGUUGUCUCACUCUGAGGCUGCAUUGAAGGAAUGUAUGCAGCAGCUAAAUUUUGUUCGAGACGAGCAGGAGCGAAGGAUCCAUGAUGCUGUCGAGAAGACAUCUAGUGAGUUUGAGAAAGCACAGGAAGCAUUACAAGACAAGUUGACAGAAACAAACAGGAGGCUCGAAGAGUUGACUAUUGAGAAAUCUAGGCUGAGUAAGGCCCUGCUAGUCAAUGUAAAAUUGAUCGAAGAUCAGCAGAAGCUCAAGUCUCAAUCCGAAACAGAAUUUAGUUCACUGAUGGACAGGCUAGAUCUCACCGAGAAAGAGAAUGCGUUUCUGAAAUAUGAGUUUCAUGUCCUCGAGAAAGAGCUUGAGAUCAGAAAUGAAGAGAUGGAAUACACCCGUCGAUCAUCCGAUUUGGCACAUAAGCAACAUUUGCACGAUGUAAAGAAAAUUGCCAAGUUGGAAGCUGAAUGCCAGAAGAUACGCUUACUUUUGCAAAAGAGGCUGCCGGGUCCAGCUGCCAUGGUGAAAAUGAAGAAUGAAGUCGAAAUGCUAGGAAAGGACAAGUCAGAAAGGAGAAGACGGAAGCCGAAUUCCACUAGGGAUUUAAUCGUCAAAGGCUCGACCGCUGAAAAUCAUCCUGAAAAUCCAACCAUGAGUAUCAAUCUCCUGUUGGAGCAGUUACACAAUAUUGAAGAAGAAAACAAGACUCUCAGAGAAAUAAUGGUAAAGAAGAAUGCUCAAAUCCAGUCAUUGAGUUCAAUGUGUUCUCAAACGUCAUCCAGACCGACAACAGAAUUCGAGAUUCAGCCUAAAGAGCUGUUUAAAGGACAGAAAUCGAUGGAGCUAAUAAGGAGUAGUCCCCUAUCAAGUGAACUGUCUAUAACAUCCGGUUUCGACAUUGGCAGUACUGAUGGAAAUAGCUCUUCUUGUUCAUGGGCGAAUGCUUUGUUUUCAGAAUCUGCACAGUCAGAUAAAAGACUUUGGAAUCCAAUUGAUCGCAGGGCCAUUACAGUUCCUGAAAUGAGAUUAAUGGACGAUUUUGUUGAGAUGGAAAAAUUAGCCUUAUCAGAUGGUAAGGAGUUGGUUCCAUUUGAGCAGGGUCACUGUGGCUUCAGCAAUACAAAGCAGAUGCAGCCAAAAGAUGUAGCCGGCGAAAGAUCCUUUGAUUGGCUUCAGGUUGUUUUGAAGGCUAUCUCCGAGCACCAACGUAUUUCCAGUCGAAGUUUAGUUGAAAUACUCGAGGACAUCAAAAUUGCUUUGGGAUGUAGCAAUCUUCUAAAUACCCCUGAUGUUAACAAAAAUGCAUGUUCAAUGCAUCCCAUAGAAGCUAAUGCUCUACAUAUCAGCGCCUACAUAGGCUGGAAAUCUCCAAAUGUAUCUCCAACUACAGGUUCACUCGGUGGAGCUUCAAGUGUUGAUACCUCAGCUGAAAAAACGAAAAACCAACAGUUUCAGCCUAAUCUGAGCAAGUCAAUCGGUAAAAUCAUCGAACUGGUUGAAGGAAUUGGACCAACAUCUUCCGAUUCUUCCGAAAAUUGUCUAGAGAAAAAUCAGACUUCAAAACAAUCACCAACUCAUGCAGACUACUUUGUCCGUGUUUUUCAAUGGAAAAGUUCAGAACUAAGCACCGUUCUACAACAUUUUCUUCGUACAUGUAAUGAUCUGUUGAAUAAAAGGGCCGGUCUUGAAACUUUUGCUGAAGAACUGUCGUUUGCUUUGGACUGGAUUGUGAACUACUGUGUUACUCCUAAGCAAGCUACGAGUGCAAGGGAUAAGAUCAAAAGGCAUUUUGGUUGGAAUGAUUCACAAAGUGAAAAAGAAGUUGCUUCUGCAAACCACACUUUAGUGGUGGAAUCGGAUGUGACCCAUAUUUCUAAAGAACAAUCAUCGGACUCCUUUGCUUCUUCACCUGAUCGAAGUCGAAGUGUUAUCCCCGAAAAGGAGGGUAUUUCUUGUAGCCUGGAGGAAGAAAACAGGAGAUCAGAAGAUGAUUUGAAGGAUAUGAAAACCAGACUCGAAUCAGCAACUAACAAGAGUAAGACCCUGAUGGUACAACUUGAAGAAUCAAAUGAAAGGAUUGGAGGCUUACAAGCAGAACUUAAUAUGUUAAAAGAAUCAAAGGAAAUGUUAGAGGAUCAGCUUGAGAACCAGAAGUCAAUUAAUGACUAUCUCGAUACCCAGCUGAUCGUUGCCAAAGCUAAACUAAAUGAAAUCUUCCAAAAGUGCUCAUCUUUGGAAGUUGAGUUGGAGUUCAAAAAUAACUCUUGUGAAGAGCUAGAAGCUAUAUGUCUUGAGCUUCAACUCCAGUUAGAGAGUGUGGCAAAGAAAGAAACACCGACGUAUGCCAUGAAUCGAGAGGGGAGGCAAUCUCAAAAGGGUCGGGAAAUUACAGCGGCUUCAGUUAAGUUGGCAGAGUGCCAAGAAACAAUUCUGAACCUAGGUAAGCAAUUAAAGGUGUUGGCCUCAUCGCAAGAUGCAGUACUCUUCGACAAGGUUUUCUCCAAUAGUAGUGCUGCUGCUAUAAACAGAAGGGUGAACAAACGUCUCUCCUUGCACGACCAACUGCUAGCUGAUGAUGGUGGCAAAGCCACAGACAUCAACUCUCCAAAAAUUCAAGAAGCAGAAGAUUCAACCCUUCCCGACUCCAGUAAUUGCAAGAAAUUGCAAGCUUCAGGUUUUCUGUUGCAUAAAUCAGAAGUACAUCGUGGUUCCAGGAGGGAAUGUACUAAUGCCGGUGUUAUGGCUUUGGCUAUUGUGCCAAGCAAGAAGCAAGGAGUCGGUUUGCUAAGGAGGCUGCUGUUUAGGAGGAGGAAAAGUUACAGUAAGAAACCUCAUUACCAGAAUUGAACAGUGAGCCAUAAAAUAAAGAGGCAAUGCGGCCACUGAAGGCAAAACAGUAGUUUUCAUAGUAGUGUGGCGAUUGGUUUUUCGUUUGGUUUUUCACGGUGGCGAGAGCUCAUAAUCCAUUUGCAAGAACUCAGUUUGGUGUAUAGUGUCCUGACUUGGCUAUGUAUAAUUCUGUGUUGUGAGAAACCAUAUAACUACAGAUUGAGUUGGUAGCUUUAACCAGAAACAUCAUUUGUGA